AUGACCGUAAAAGACAGCCCUCAGACUCUUCGAGCGUCACCCCAGCACGAAAAAGAUGCGACGACACCCAAGAUCAAAAUCGUUACGCCAAAACCAACCGAAAAGACGACUGCGAAAGCCAGCGGGCUGAAAUUGGGAGCUGGACCUGGCCCAAUCGAUCCUAAGAGUGUGCAGGACAAGGUUCGUAAAUGGCAGACAACUGGUGGAGGUGUCGUGGUCACUCCAGAUUCAAACGCUGCGCCAGACAACGACCGUAUCAAAGAUAAGCCUGAAAGUCCCCGGAAAGGAACCAAAGAUAAAGAAAUCACACCGGUGGCACCCAAGGUGGAGAUUCGAGUGAAGUCGGCCAGCAAGCCAAGACACAAUACAUUGGACGACGAGUUGCGAGAUGCGAUCGCACCAAAAAAGAGAGUUGUAAGCGAUGGCCAUUGGCGAAAAAAUCGAUCGCCUCCUAAAGAGGGAAAGCCAAUUGGUUGGGUACGCGAACGGCCAAAAGCUAAGCCAGUGGAGGAGGAAGAGACUGAGCAAAAGGUCAUCAGCAAAAUCCCGGACCAUGUUGCGAACGAGUCGAACGUUCUCCGCAAAAGAAGGCAAUCAGCGGCUGUCAAAGCUGGAAUAGAAGCGUUCAAGACGGAGGAGAUCAAGCCCACCAAGGCUAACAAACCAGUUCGUGACUGGGUCGAGACAAUCGAAACUUCGAAGAUAUCUUCCUCUUCUUCGAGGCAUCACGAGCUCAGUUCACCAGUCACUACACCUGUUGAAAUCAGGACGCCAAGACGAAGACGAAGAUCGUCUCCCAAGUUCGACCACAGUGAGGACGCUGCGCAGGUCCCAUCAUCUGAAGAAUCUGCCGAGAGGACGCCGACUCGGCACCGCAGGAAGAACCGGCGGUCUCCACGAGCCAGUGAUAAUGUCGAGGAGGCUAGCAAACCAACGAUGCCAGAAGGCGAGAACGUAGAACCGCCCGACUCUAGGAAGCGUCUUCAGAAGAAACGAGAAUUGUCCUUGUCAAAAGCCAAAGACCCAGAUGCGCCAGUGGGUGUGCAUCCAACCCGUAUCGAAGCCUGGUUAGACACAACCUCGGAUCCUUUUGUCGAGGCGAAAACGAAAUCUCGUGGAUCAUCGAUAAUCUCAUCCCAGACAGGCUCGUCGAGCGUGUCGACACAUACAUACGACAGCCGCAGCAGUAUAAGUCGGACGGACCAAAAAGCCACAUCUGAUCGCGACAAGGAUGCGGAAUCAGGCAAGAAGAGAAGACGACGCAGUCGACGGUCGCCUACAUCCUCCGAAGGAACUGCCACUGAAGAUUCACAACAAAAACAUGAAGCCAUCGACCCAAGUCGGCCAGACACAAAAUCUCCUCCAGCCAAGAUAUUGAACACAGAGCCGGAAUCGAGUUCUUCGCCUUUGAAACGGAGCGGAGCACGCCGAAGCGCGCAGUCUCCCACGAAAGCAAGACCAAGAACGCUUCAGCUACAUGAAACAUACGAUGAUGGUAGUGUCGUAUCCUCGGCCCCGUCCUCGUCUGUGGAAGGGUCGAUGUUUGAUGCUCCAGAGCCAACAGCAAGAGCUCGGCCCACAGACCAAUUUGGCCGGCGAGCUUUCCCGACAACUGGUAAAAGACUAUCAACGAUAGCUUCAGUUGACACCUUCAACGCGAGAAUGCAACGAGCACCGUCUAUUGCACAAGGUUCAGAGCCCGCAGAGUCUGUACUUGACGACACGAAAUCAUCCGCUACGGUCAAAAGCCGUCGCAGUGUUAGAAAUAAAACUGUUUCACAUGCGGACCUCAUGUCCGUUCUUUCCCUUCCAAGAUCCAAAAGCAAGAGCCUCGUCUCCGCACACAGCAUUCGCACUUCACGCACUCGACUCGAAACGGCAACAAUACAGGAUCUCAUGAAAGAACUUUCCUCGGACGAAGAUAAAUAUAAGAGAGAGCUCAAUACCCUCGUCGACGGUGUCAUUCCUGUCUUGCUUGCUUGUGUUCUCUCCAAGUCAGACGCGGCUGUCGCAGCAGGAUUGUUCAGCACUUCAGCAUCAAAGCAAGAUCCCAAUUCUACCAAGCCAAUUGUUGACAUGGGUAUCGCUCUAGAAAGACUGAAAUCUUUACACAGACGGAUUCCUCUAGAGGACGACAGCGCCUUGCUAUCCUGGGCCCAGUCUGCGCAGCGUAUCUACACUGACUACAUCAAGACCUGGCGACUGGGGUUUCAGAAUGUCGUGGUCAACCUGGCUCCUGCAAGUGAAGACAGUCCCACAACGAAGACACUGGAGUCACACAGCAAGCCUAGCAAAAGUGCUUGGGAUGAAGGUCUUCCACGAAACGCAGAAGGCUAUGUUGUCAAUGAUGAUGGGGAAAGAGUUGACGUGGCAUUCCUUCUCAAGAGGCCUCUUGUGAGAUUGAAGUGGCUGGCAAAGACUUUCAAGGGUAUCAACUUUCUCAAGCCUUCAGAAAAGGCAGAGACGACUUCUCUGGCAUUUCAGGAUCUUGUCCUCGAUGCGCGCAAAAGAAAUAACGAGGAGCGUGCUCGUAUGGAGGACGAAGCUGCAGCGUCUAUAGAUCCCACGCGCGCAAGAGAUCCGAAAUCCUUGACGGCACUUCAAGGUGUCGCCAUCGACCCGGCUCGCUGUGUAAGAGCUCGGGAUUAUUUCGACAUGCAUCUUUUGCAUACUAGUGGGCAAGAAAUCGAUUGUCGUGUCGAAUUGCUGCUACGAGAUGACCCACCUGCGAAUGGCACUGGCGGCGAUGUAUUGAUCUGUGAUCUGGACAGCGCUGAUCGUUGGUUAUUCUUUCCUCCAAUACAAACAGGGCGGAUAUCAGCACGCAAAGGUGAUAGCCCCGAGGAGCUCGUCGUCAUGAUCCGAGGCCUCCAGUCCGGCGGAGAGGAGUGGAAAGAGGUUUUUGUUCUGAAGAGCACAGACGAAGAUUCUGCGCUUGAGUGGAUACAAAUGCUUGGAGAUAGCCCAGUCCCGCCUCCUCUGGCUCAGAUAUCCAGUGCUGCCAGCUUUGUCAGCAAGUCCUCGCUACAGUUCAGCAGCUACGACUCCUCUCUAGUAUCAAGUGCAUACACUGCAUCCACAGCAAUAACAUCACCGGCCCGGAGUCGGAAUCCAAGCCCGCGAGAGUUUGACGUUCCUCUUGGAGAGCCUGUAAGAGGAGCCUCCAGGCGCUGGAGUCAGGCUUCCACUCCAACCAAGAAUACCGGCCACAGAUUAGAAGAUUUACCAAAAACUCCUCCAAGCAAAGAACGCGAAGAGAGCACCAAGACCCCAAAUUCCAGUGCCCGUCAAAGCCGCAACGAAAACGCAGUCACUCCAAGGGAUCUGAACGAGGCCAUGCAGGCUGCCGGAACAGAUUCUACCGGACUGCGACGAUCUAAGGCGACUCGCUUUGCGAGAUCGACACCUACCACACCCACCAUGGAUGCGCCUAUUCCAGAAGAAUCUGAACCAGACGAGUCAAUUCAUGGACGAAUGCGCUCAUACUCAUCCACUCCUCAGGCGACUGCGAAAGUCAGCAAGGACUAUAGCGUUUGGUAUCCCCCUUCUAACUCUAAUGAUCAUGAGGAUGAGCCCCUGGACGACACCACGUGUCGGAAACGAGAAUCUCUGAAAGAAUCUCAAAGGCCUGUUAUACAUCGUCGUGCAUCCUCAGUACCCUCCACAGACCUUCCCAUGAUACCGCGUGUAAGAACCAGUAGUCAACAUGAUACAGUUCGAGCCGUCGCCGCACCUCUGCGUAUGGAUCGCUCUGAAUCAGCGCCGGUCCUCCCAGCGAAAGUGGAACAAGACCUUAGCAAGGAUCCAGAAGACUCUCCACCACCUCCUCCACCACACCGAUCUCCUCCGAAAACUGGUCUAAGCAAUCUUAUUGCACCUAUUCUGUCUCCAUUUCGCACCAAGCGGCGCUCGUCAUCACCAUUGAAACACGAGUACGAGCCGUCCACGGCAACUGAGUCCUCCUCAGAGAGCGAAAACAACUCGUCUGAUGAUGAAGGCUCGAUCAUUUCUGAGUCUUCGGAAGACAGUUUGGACGAAGAAUUUGAUGUUCCAGUAGAACCGCCUCCUCCGACCCCGCCUCAUAUGCAGCCCGCGCCUCGACCUAAUUCUUCUGGAUCUCUGCCGGAGACUUCACUAGGCCCAUCAAGCUCGGCAUCUCAGAAGCCCUACAGAGAUAUUCCGGGCGCAGCGAGUAUAGCAUACAAAGGCGUAGCCAAUAUCUUCACGUGGAGAGAGGAACCUGGUCGCGUUGCGUCUUGGGAACCUCUUUCUAAAGAGCCUUGCAGCGUUGUCAUCAAACCGGGCUUCAUUGAGGUUUUUGAGCUAAAUCAAGCUCAUGCGCAGCCAGAACUAAACGACAGUGCUCGCCCUUUGCUAGCUCUUGGUUUAACACCUAAUGUAUUGGUACACCGAGGAACGAAUAUUGACAUCGAUAUCCGCUCGCCUCCUCUCGGUCUCUCGCUCCUCAAGGCUGGUGGACGUACUAUGUUUCGCAGCCUCUUCCCAAUGGCGAGCGAAGAACUCUGGCAGGCUGUGAGAUGGUCGCGAGAAAACAAUCCAACGUUCAUCGCCUUGCAGAAUGCACGCGGUCAGGAGCCACAGGUAGUCACUUGGGCCGCGCAACAAGACAUGAACAACGCCGCUCGUCCGGAUACUCGUGCCGGUAAACCUCGCUGGAGCCUUCCAGCAUCACUCAGUCGAAGUCGCUCAUACCGCGCGUCGAGCACACGCGCUCUAAGUAUCAACAGCUCUGUCGAAUCGAAAUCGUCAUUCUUCUCGUCGCUCAAACGUUUCGGCGGCAGUGGCCGAUUUAGCAUCGCUCGCUCAUCGGUUGACUAUCGCGGCAGCCCCAGCACUGUCGCUGUAGACAUGACGACAGAGGCAUCCGGGUCAAGCUCUGGCGGCAGCACUCCUAUGUCGCCAGACGGACGUGCAGCAAACGUGCCGAUUGGCGUCAGCAAUACUAAGAUCCGCUUCCACAAGUCAUCCGGCCAAAGACGAUGGAACGAUCUCGGCAAGGCACGACUUCAUAUUAUGGCUCCGACUGAAGUCUCUCCGCUCACACCAGGCGACAAACGAAUACUGGUGGUCACGAAAGGUGGCGCCGUACUGCUAGACGCAACGGUACCCGAAAACGCCUUUGAAAUCUACGGCCGUGUCGGUAUCGCUGUCAAGGUCGUCGAGGACAUUGUCGGCAAAGACGGCACCGUCGGUGGAGCAGCCGCAACUGGUGGCGUCGGCAGCAAGCGACUUGUUGUGUAUAUGCUGCAGUUCAAGAGCAAUCGACAGUGCAAGUACAAUUUCUUACAGCUAGGCAAAAUGAGAUACUAG